UUCAGCCUCAACCUCCACAUUUCGAUACCAACCUACCCCCCAACACCACCAUGUCCAAGCAUCUCGUGUUACCACGGCCCGGCUCCGUUUUCGAGCCAAAGGAACCAAUUUCCGGUCCAUCAGAAGAAGCAUUCACAUCCACAUUCGGCGCCCUCCUUCCUCCAGCAAAGUUCCUACACACCCCCAUCGGGAAAGCAGCGUACUACAAUUUCCCCCCAGCCUCACCCACCCCAUCCACCCCAUCUCAGACUCCGGGCACACCAAAACGCGUCCUCUUAAUCCACGGCGUGCAGACCCCGGCUUUGGGCAUGCUACCGCUUACAUCAGCCCUGCGCUCGCAAUUCCCCAGCACCGAGUUCGUGCUGCUAGACCUUUGGGGCCACGGACUGAGUGACACGCCCCAUCUACCGCAUGAGGGGAAGCUGUUUCACGGGCUCAUUGACGGUUUGUUGGAGCAUCUGGGAUGGAAGGGCCAUGAGGGGGUUAGUAUCGUCGGGUUCUCGUUUGGCGCGGUGCUCACGAUGGGGUAUCUGGCUGGUACGUAUGGCAAAAAAGGGGGAGAGAAGGGGAAGAGUGUGGGUUCAUUUGUACUAGUCGCGCCUGCGGGGCUUUUGAGAAAGAGUUGGUUCAACGAUGAGCAGAGGCGGUGGUUGAGUAAGGAGUGUGAGGAAGGGGAUGAGAGGAAGGCGGCGGAGUGGGUUGUCAGCGUUCUCGAGGGUGGAGAGUUGAAAGUGCCGGACGACUGGCGUGAGCGUGUUGGGAACGGUGAGGUUGUGGCUGAAGCUGUUAAAGAUUGGCAGAUGAAGCAACACGCUGGGCAUCCGGCGAGUGUUGUUGGCAUAUUCAGAGAUGGAGAGGUGACGGAUAAUGAUGAGUUGUUUGUAAAGGCGAGGGAGACGGGGGUUAGGAGUUUGGUGGUGCUUGGCGGGGAUGAUGAGAUGAGCACGGAGAAGGAGAUCAAAGAGUUUGGGUUUGAUGUCAAGGUUGUUCCGCAAGCUGGGCAUGGUGUUGUCAGGGAUAAGGCUGGGGAGGUCGCGGAACAUAUUGGGGAGUUCUGGAGACGGCUUUGAUGUAGGUGAGGAACUCCGGAGGCUACAUGCCAUUUUGUGUCUACUUAUUCUUGCUGAACGAAAAGCAUGGUAUUUGGGCACCGCGCCCUUCACCCGAACAUAAUCGAGCGUUUUGCUUGUUCGUGUGAGCCUUUUCUUCCGAAUAGCAGAACAACCCAGAUAUGGACCCAAGCUUAUGGGAGGUACUCAAUGCUAACUGCAGGCCAUCUGCGGUCCGAUC